GGCCCAGCCUUCAACGAGAGAACAGAGAGGGAUAGGGCCGAACAAAAGACAAGCGUUUUAGUUAGUAAUGGAGUAACGAAGGAUUAGAACGGAGUGUUGGGUUGUAUUCGGACUUGUGGUGUUAUUGGUGGUGGAAUUUAAAGCGUCCCUUGAUUGCGAAAGACAUAACACAAGUGAAUUAUGACUUUACCUCAAGUGAUUCUCCCGAAAGUGGUGCCGUUUAACUGUGGUUCGAUACCCAGUCAGCUGUACUCGCUUCUCUAGCUCAACUCAUCUUUUUUUUUUUUUUUUUCAAAAAAUAUAAAUAUAUUAUAGUGUUGUUUCUAAUCUUCUGCUGGUUUUGGAUUGUUUGAGCAGACCAGUGAAGAUAAUCAUGCGUUUUCUGCUGUUACUAGUAUGCAUUCAUCUGGUCACCACACAUUUCGCCACUUCGGCCGGUACGAAAACGGGUAACCGGCUGAACGAGUACGUCCUUCACUACGAGACGCUGGAUUACGAUGCGGAUGCGGUAGCUGCCCAGCACAGCCGUCACAAACGAAAUGCCGAAGGCGAAAAGGAAGAAUCUUAUCUUCAACUUCAUUUUCGAAGCCACGGGAAGCCCUUCCGGUUAAAACUGAAGAGGGACACAUCGUCGUUCAGUCCCAAUGUCCAAUUUGUAUCCCAUAAAGGCCAUCCCCUCCAAGUCGAUACUUCGCACCUUUACGAAGGACAUCUUCAAGGCGAACCAAAAAGUAUGGUGUACGGAUCGAUCAUUGACGGAGUCUUUGACGGGAAAAUCCACAGCCAAGAUGGCGUCUACUACGUCGAGAAGGCAACCAAAUACUUUGCCGAUAACACCACGACUGCCAAGUCACAUCGUCGCAAUCCAUUUCACUCCAUCAUCUACAAGGAAGCACAUGUCGUCGAUCCUUACGAAGAGCAUCGCACAGGACAUGUGGGCGGUUGUGGUGUGACGGAUGAGGUGGCCGCGUGGAUGGACGACAUCCAGCACGGAGCCACGGACGAAGAGAAAGCGGACGAAGAUGAGAAAAGCAACGAGAUCAAUACAAACGACAGGGUCGUCAAGCUUGAAAAGAAUCGGCACAAGAAAGACCACCAGCAGGGAUGGAACACGGCCCAUCCUCGAUCAUCGGCCUGGUGGUACAAGUAUAGCCAUCAAGCCAACCGGCCGGAUGCAAAUCCAUCUGAUGGGGGGCGCCGUGACAGGCGCUCAACUGUCAAAAACAACGUCAGCAGGACGACCUGCUCCCUCUUUAUCCAGACUGACCCGCUGCUGUGGAGGCAUUUCUAUGAAGCCGAGAAGAGAAAUGCAGACAACACGCGUAAAGAGAUCACAUCCCUGAUUGCCCAGCACGUAAAGGCCGUCAAUGCUAUUUAUAUGGAAACAAAGUUUGAUGGGAAAUUCCCCCACCGCAUGACACGAUUCGAAGUGCAGCGGAUCAAAAUCGAUGACGACGAGGCCUGUCAACCUAAUUACAAUGGCGAAGAAAACAAAUUUUGUUUGCCCAACAUUGACGUCUCGAAUUUCCUGAAUCUCCACUCGCAAGGGAACCACGAAGAUUUCUGCCUGGCCUACGUCUUCACGUACCGGGAUUUCACUGGCGGAACUUUAGGUCUCGCAUGGGUCGCCUCGCCCUCGGGCGCUUCCGGUGGCAUCUGUGAACGCUACAAAGUCUACACGGAGAACAUGUCUGGCUAUCCGCGUACUACCAGGCGAAGUCUCAACACUGGCAUCAUCACCUUUGUCAACUAUAAUAGUCGCGUUCCUCCGAAAGUCUCGCAACUCACGCUGGCCCACGAGAUUGGACACAAUUUCGGCUCUCCCCAUGAUUAUCCCAGCCAUUGUCGUCCCGGAGGCCAAAAUGGUAAUUACAUCAUGUUCGCAUCGGCAACGAGCGGCGAGCGACCAAACAAUUCGCGCUUUUCCAACUGCAGCGUCGGCAACAUCUCGUCCGUGCUGGAUGCCAUCGAAGAGGGGAAAAAGAAGAACUGCUUUACGGAUUGGAAGGGCGCUUUCUGCGGUAACAAGAUUGUCGAAGACGGCGAGGAAUGUGAUUGCGGCUACGAUGAUGAGGAGUGCGAAGAAAAGUGUUGUUAUCCGCGCGUCGUCAGCGAACCGGAUAGAGCCCUCAACCCGGCCGCUCAAGGAUGCAAACGUCGACCAAGAACUCAAUGCAGCCCAAGCCAAGGCCAAUGCUGCGACCGCAAUUGCACUUUUGUUCCGGUUACGUCCGGACAGCAGUGUAAGGAAGAUGGCGAAUGCAAUGGAAAGGCCUUUUGCAAUGGUCUUUCUGCCAAAUGUCCUCCACCACCUAAUAACCCUGACGGAACGGAAUGCAACGGCAAUACUCAGGUCUGCCAGAGUGGUGAAUGUUCUGGAUCAAUCUGUUCCAAGUUUGGCAUGAAGGAAUGUUUCCUGACGUCCAACGUCAUUGACGACAAGCGCAAACUAUGCGAAUUGGCCUGCCAGAUUGGCAACGACAACACGACGUGUAAAGGCACCUCUGAAUUGUCUUCCAUCACGAAAUUGCCCAUUGGCAUUUCUUUACGACCUGGAUCUCCUUGUGACAAUUAUCAGGGCUACUGUGAUGUCUUUCUCAAGUGCCGUGCCGUGGAUGCCGAAGGUCCUUUGGCUCGUCUGAAGAACUUGCUCUUCAAUCGAGAAACGCUACUCACUAUAGCUCAAUGGAUCACGGAAUACUGGUGGGCUGUCUUGCUGAUGGGUGUGGCCUUUGUUCUCUUUAUGGGCGUCUUCAUCAAGUGUUGCGCGGUACACACCCCGUCGUCCAACCCAAAGAAACAACCCGCCUUGAGUAUCACGCAAACGUUGCGGCAUCCGUACAGCACGUUACGGCGGAAGCGGCAUCAGCCUCCUCAACAGCAGCAACAACAACAACAUGCCAACCCGACGGCUCCUUACAUUGCCGCUCCUAAUCCAGCUGCUCACGGCGAAUCCCGUAAUCAAUAUAAUAGACCUAAAGGCGGUCCGGCUAGUGGAUGGGGCCAUCGUGCCGAAUCGUCGCCGUACGCUUACUCAGGGGGCCAAGGAGGCCGGGCCAAUGCUUACGAAAUGAACGUGCGACAACAUCGGGUGUGAUAGGCCCUACCACCCUAAGGUCGUCGCCAUUUUCUCUUUUGGUCUGUCCACACCUUUGAUCUAUAUUUUUUCCCCUCGUCCCUCCCCUCACACGUCCUGCUUAUAAUUUGCCCAAUGACUCGUGUUUUUAUACGUUGAAAUAUUCGAUUGUCAUGUCCUUCCAUCCACAGACCCAAUUCCCCAGGCCAAGUAGAGCUGAAAUUGCGUAUAGGCACUGUUGAAUGAAUAGUUGGCAAAACAAGACAGGCCUUACACAGCUCCUUCUAUAAAGCACCUCAUCAACACGCCCCCCACCCCCAUAAUAGGAAGAAUAAUCCUCCUCUUACGACGGACCAAGUUCUCAUCCUCUCUAACAAGAAAAAAAGAAGAAUUUACAUCUCGCCCUUUGCAGGAAUUCAUUUGCGUAUUAUCAUUGGUCUUUGAUGUGUUGUCGAGCGCACUCGGGAACCGUAGACACUUCCUUUCCCCCCACCCACCCGAUGCGGUUCUAUCUAAUAUAUCUCUGCAUAAGUUAUUAUUCAGUAUACAUAUUCCGAAACGGAUUUAAUGGCGUCGUCGUUUUUCCACUCCCCCCAAAGCCACAAGUGACCUUUUGAGAACACGAAAGUAGUAGUAUUACCAUUACGUUUCUACCAAUUCUUUUGUUUUUUUCAUUGCUAUGCAGCGGAAAUAGCACUUUUAGCCGUGGAGGGAGGUAUACAAAGGAAGAGACAAUAUCAAUAACGUCACGCAGAUCAACUUCAAGUUUUCACAAAAGAAAAUAAAAGCACUUUUUUUUUGUCUUCUUGAAACAGAGUGAGAGAUUGGAAAUAAGUGGUAGUUCCCAAGCGUACAUUUUGAAACCUAGUGCGCCAACAUCGUCAUAGUAUCAUCCAUUUUGUGUUCUCGUUUUUGCAUUGGAGAGUUUUCCCUUUUUGUCUUUUCUUUCUGAGAACACGUCGUGUAGGAAGUGCUGCGUGUCGUUGGUGCUCGAUAGUUUGAUCCCGUCGUUCGCUUUCGAUCAUCUCAUCUCUUUCUCACCACGAUUGUACAUAGUGUGAAUGACUUAUCAGCUGUUUUUUUAAAAGAAAUGAGAAAAGAAACGUGCUUGUUCCUCUUUGCCAUUUUUAAAUAUGUGUUGUCAGUGUAGCUUGUUGCAUCAGUCGAUUCCUCUCGAGGAAAGAACAAUCUCACCGUCUUUAUUUCUUCCUAUCACACCCUGACAAUAUCUAUUCAAAAAUUAGAGUUCUUGCCACCCCCCGAACAAUAGAUUAAUAAUCUUUUUCUUCUACUUCAGCUUUGCAAUUAUUUUCCCUUUUAUUUCUCCGAACAAACGACAAUCGACACAAUGAUUGCGUAUUCGGUGCACCCUGCCACCAACCAUUACCACUCCCUCCCCCUCCAUCAACUCGUCUUUCAUUCGUUCUUGUUAUUAUUAAACAAACAAACAAAAAAUUUGCUAGGUGUGCUGAAAAGAACAAUACAACUGUGUUCCCAUUAAAACAAAAA